AUGAUUUUCGCCUGGUGCAAGCGUCAUAAUAUUCGUAUUCCCUGGGUGUUAGCGCCAUUAGCUCGCUUCAGCAGUCGAGCGCAUCACGAACCACCCCCACUUUCAAUAGACAUUCCGCGAGAACAAAUCAAUGCACACCUCGAGACCAUUUACAGAAACGCUUCUCUAGAUACUUCCAUCGAUCCAUCAUGCCAGCGCACAUUAAAACCCUUCUGGACUUCUUAUAACACAUGGCUGAAGAGAUGCAAAAAUCUUGAGGAUUCACAGAGUCAAAUAGAAUACUGGCGUGCGCGAAGAGAGUUUUUAAGGCUAAAUAGGAAUUUAACGACAGGAUUCAAACAUAAACCUAUUCCAUGGAACAUGUUUCACCCGCCAUUACCCGACAGUGUACAGUACCUCAAAGCAAUGGCACGGGCCGUGGUGAUCCAACAGAACCGCAUGGGCAUCAAGCUACAAUUAAUUUUAUUGGUGGCCCAACUAGCACUAAACGUGGUGUUCAUUACAAGACAAUUUAUAAACGCGAUAAACUUUGUUCCUAGUCCGAUCGGGUUAAACACCACAGCAAAUGACAUUAUUAUACAAAUGCCAAAGACGCACGAAGACUAUAUUCGAUCUGCCACGGGGAUAGGAACAUUUGUCGAGUUUGCCGUCUUAUGCAUACACGUCAUGGUCGGACUAGCACAGAUUAUCAUAUUUUUCAAUGCGCACACUUUGCUAAAUAAAGGACUGGCAGUCGAAAAUUUAGUAAUCGCCGUACAAAAGACGGCGACGUUUUCCCUUUUCCGAUUUAUACAUCUUCUAAAUCCGGCAAGAUUUGUAACCGAAUUUCAUGACCCCCCGUUCUUGGAAAUAUUCACAGACAUUGUUAAAUUUAACCUCCAUAGAUCAUCAGAGUGGCAGUCCAAGUUUCGUCGAGCAUACCAAAUAGUAUAUGCCUUGAUUUGUCGUCCCAUCUUGAUCACAUUGGGACUGUUAGCUUUCUAUGUCAAGCUGUUGCAGGUUUCAGUAGCUUUGUCGUUCUUUUCCCAGCUGAACCUCGGUACAUCCGCCAUCGGAGAACUGUUUAAUAGUCCAACAAGCGUUUUAACGUUUCUCGGACUUGCGAAUAAUGUGGCUAGCUUAUAUGGCAUACCGCUCGAAGACGAUCGAAAAUUGUUUUUCGAUCAUGUGCGAAUACACGAAUACGACUUGCUCCAUGCCAUGUUAUUAACGAGUUGUUCUUCUAAUAGUGACGAGCCCAGCGAUCAUGAAGAACCAGAUCGGGAUCUUGUCCGUGCAGACUUGCCAAUAGGCAUCAAAGGGCAUGUAUGGUCAGGCUAUUGGAACGUGGUAUUAUUUGCAAUCGGAAUCGGUGGAAAGGAAUUGGUGAAUGCGUUCUGGAACAACGUGUAUGGAGGCGAGAUGGAUAUAGACGAAAGAAACGAGGGGUUGAACAAAAUAAAGAAAGAGGAUGCGUUGGGGUUGUUGUACAGUGUCACUAAAACGUGGCGAAGGAGUUAA